GUUAUGCAAGCAUCACGCCAGAAAACAGUCGGAGAAUAAUCAUUUAUUAAUGGUUCACCCUUUUAGGACUUUACCUACACUCAUACAUUCUAUAACAAAGUUCUCCAGAAGAAUCCUUACACACAAAUCCUCAAACCUGCACUUCCAGCAUCAUUCUGACUUCAACAGACUGAAUUCAUUGUGUAUUUUCUCUAGGCCACAUUUAAACUUUGUCACUAUCUACAACAAUAACUAUUUUUAUUCCCCGAAAAGGAAAAUGUCAGACAAAAAGACGAGUAAAAGAAAAGCAGAUGAAAAAGAUGAGGAACCUAAAGAAGAGAGUCCAAAGAAAAUGAAGACUGAAAGUACAGACAGCAAAACCAAAAGUGACACAUGUCUGAUAAAACAGAUAGCAGAGAGCAGGAAGAAACUGUGUAAUUCUGUGGCUGAAUUCAAGUUUAACAAGAAACGAGUGAGAGUUCUAUCCAAAGUCCAGGAUUUCUCAGAUGACAAAAAUGGAGUUGUGUACUGGAUGUCAAGGGAUCAACGGGUUCAAGAUAACUGGGCACUGUUGUAUGCCCAGAGACUAGCCCUAAAGAUGGACGUUCCUCUCCAUGUGUGUUUCUGUCUGGUCCCAAAGUUCCUUGAUGCCACGAUCAGACAUUAUAGAUUUAUACUGAAAGGAUUGGAGGAAGUAGAGAAGGAAUGUAAGGAACUAGAUAUAUCAUUCCACCUGCUUAUUGGUCAUGCCAAGGAUGUUCUACCUCCAUUUGUAAAAGAGAACAAGAUAGGAGGGGUGGUGACAGAUUUCUCUCCCCUGAGAGUUCCAGCAGAGUGGGUGGCUGAUGUUACAAAAGCUCUCCCUAAAGAUGUCCCUUUUUGUCAGGUUGAUUCUCAUAACUUGGUUCCAUGUUGGGAAGCUUCACCUAAACUGGAAUAUGGAGCCCGAACUAUCAGGAACAAAAUACACAAUCAAUUAAGCCAGUUCUUAACUGAAUUCCCACCAGUCUGUAGACAUCCACACAAAUCAAAGUCCACAUGCAAGCCAGUUGAUUGGUCUGCUGCUGAGGACAGUCUGGAGGUGGAUUGUAAGGUUUCAGAGGUGGAGUGGGCGGUGCCAGGAUCUACAGCAGGACUGAACAUGCUGGAGUCUUUCUGUAAAGAGAGGCUGAAGUACUUUGGAUCUGAGAGAAAUAACCCAAAUAAAAAUGCCCUCAGCAACCUGUCACCUUGGCUGAAAUUUGGACAGAUAUCAGUGCAACGCUGCAUUCUGACAGUAAGACAGUACCGCAGUAAAUACAAGGAGUCCGUGGAAUCCUAUAUAGAGGAGGCAGUCAUCAGGAGGGAGCUGUCUGAUAAUUUCUGCUUCUACAAUGAGAAAUACGACUCCAUUGAAGGAGCAUAUGAUUGGGCCAAACAAACCCUUAAGGAUCACGCUGGAGACAAGAGGGAGUAUGUUUACACACAAGAACAGCUGGAGUUUGCAAAGACACAUGACGAGCUAUGGAAUGCUGCCCAGAAACAAAUGGUUCUAGAAGGGAAAAUGCAUGGUUUUCUCAGAAUGUAUUGGGCUAAAAAAAUUUUGGAAUGGACACCUAGCCCAAAAGUUGCCCUGGAAACUGCUAUCUACUUAAACGACAAAUACUCAUUGGAUGGAAGGGACCCCAAUGGUUAUGUUGGAUGCAUGUGGUCAAUUUGUGGAAUUCAUGACCAAGGAUGGAAAGAACGAGAGGUUUUUGGGAAAAUCCGCUACAUGAAUUAUGCUGGAUGCAAGAGAAAAUUUGAUGUUGCAGCUUUUGAAAGAAAGUACAAAAGCAAAUCUCUGAAGUGAAGACUGACUAACCUUGGCCAUUUAAUUCUUAAAAAAGAAGAGUUACAUUUUACAGUGCAUGUAGGCUGGACUCUGUUUUGUUAAAUAAUGUGUUCAAUCAUUUUAUGUUUAUGAAGUAGAGCAUGUAAUUAUAUAGUACAUUUAAGACAUUUUCAUACUUGAAUUAUACUUUACUGUUAAAAUAUUGAAAAACGUGAACACACAUAUCAUGUUAAGUACUUUACAAGGAAUUGGGUAGGAGAUGUAUUAAAUGAUACAAAUAAUGGUUCACAAAAGCUUCGGAGAUACAUGUAUAACUUGACAAGGAAGAUGUGUACAAUUUCUUUGAAUGGUCAAGAAAUGACAUACAUUGUACUUAUUAAUAAAAUUAAAGAGCAGA